AUGAACAAUCAAGACCCAGAUUCACAAUACCAUAAUAAAAAGGUGUAUCCACCAAAUCUACCAUCAAUUCCACCUCCACCGCAACAACCUUUGAGUGGAAGACCUGCAACACCAAGAAUGUUACGUAGUAUAAGUGGCACACUAAAGUCUAAAACAGAACUUGCUCACUCUGACAAGGGUCAGGAAUCGAACAAUGAAACCAAAAAUAGCAAUUCCCCUCACUAUGUACCUGAUACACAUACCAGACAACCACCACCAGAAUCACUCAAAUCAAAUAUUCAAGCUCCAACAGCUGUUCAUGGGAAUCAGCAAAAAGGACUGUUGUUGCCACCACCAUCUAUUCCGAAUCCAAACACUAUGAAACCUGCGCCAACACCAACUGGAGUCGACCAACCACCUGCAAAACAAAAACCACUGCCAGCACCUAAACAACCACAACCACAGCAACAGCAGCAACAACAACAGCAGCAGCAAUUUCAUAGAAAAUCUAUUGGUGAUUGGAAUUUCGUAAAGACUAUCGGUGCUGGGUCAAUGGGUAAAGUGAAGUUGGCACAACAUAAUGCCACACAUGAAAUUUGUGCCGUUAAAAUUAUUCCUAGGGCAGCUAAACUUUAUCAAAGAGCACAUGCCAACGACCCUCCUCCGCAAACCACACAAGAAGCAGCUCAGAGACAUAAAGAGUUUGAAAAAGAAGUUGCGAGAGACAGAAGAACUAUACGUGAAGGGGCAUUGGGGAGAUUAUUGUAUCAUCCUUUCAUUUGUCGUUUGUAUGAGAUGGUACCUAUGACAAACCAUUAUUAUAUGUUAUUUGAGUAUAUUGAAGGAGGACAAAUGUUAGAUUAUAUUGUUGCUCAUGGAUCGUUAAAAGAACGACACGCUAGGAAAUUUGCCAGGGGCAUUGCAUCAGCUUUAGAUUAUUGUCAUCGAAACAAUGUUGUUCAUCGUGAUUUGAAAAUUGAAAACAUUAUGAUAAACGAAAAAGGUGACAUAAAGAUUAUUGAUUUUGGGUUGUCUAAUUUGUAUGCACCCAAAAACUUGUUAAAAACGUAUUGUGGUUCGUUAUAUUUUGCUGCACCAGAACUAUUGAGCGCCAAGCCGUAUAUUGGGCCAGAAGUUGAUGUGUGGUCUUUUGGGGUUGUGCUUUACGUUUUGGUGUGUGGAAAAGUACCUUUUGACGAUCAGUCGGUUUCGGUUUUACAUGAAAAGAUUAAAAAGGGAAAUGUUGAGUAUCCUGCUUUUCUUUCCAGAGAAUGUGUGUCAUUGCUUUCAAGAAUGUUGGUUGUUGACCCCACUAAGAGAGCAUCUUUGUACGAAGUUUGUCUGCAUCCAUGGAUGAACAAAGGAUAUGAUUAUAAGGUGAACAAUUAUCUUCCUAGAAGAGAACCUUUGCGUUUACCGUUAGAUCCGGAAAUAAUCAAAACCAUUGCAAAUUUUGAGCUAGGCACGGUGCAAGGUGUCGCUGAUGAGUUGACGAGUAUUUUAACGAGUGUUGAAUAUCAAAUGAGUUGUGAAAACUGGUACAAAAUUACUGAAACAGGAAGAGAGUAUGCGUCUUCUCAGAAUGCACAAAUAUUACCUGAUCCAACUGGCGGGUUCCAUCCUUUGGUAUCUAUUUACUAUUUGGUUGACGAAAUGAGAAAGAGGAAAAAGGCAAAGGAAGAGGCAUUAAAGGCUCAAAGACGUGCUCAAGUUCCGACAAUCGCUGUUCCUACACCAAAACAACAACAACAACAACAGCCACAACCAGCACAGCCACAACCACAACCACAACCAGAAGUAUCUCAGCCAUUGCCAGAACCAAAACCUGUACCCCCUGAGGAGAUAAUCAACCCUGCAGUGGCAACACAGGCACAAGCUAACAUGACAGCACCAAAAAUUGUGGAAACAUUUUCAGAGACCCCUCAAAGAACAUUGGACCCAUCCAAGCAAUCAGUGGAUGAAAAACCAAGUGCACCAGGUCCAUCUAUUGCUGUUCCAGAACAAGCACACACCACAUCUGUCCCAUCAUCGUUUGUUAAAACACAGACAUCGAUUGAUGAAGAUCAACUUUCCAUUCCUGAACAACAAAGUCCAAGAACCUCUACCCCACAAACUUUGGAUCCUGCAAAGGUGGUUGGCGGCUCAUCUGGAUCUGCUAUAUCAGCCCCUAAUGCUGGUAGUGGUGCUGGCUUCAAUUCUUUGUUAAGAAGAUUGUCUUCGAAAAAAUACAAGGGGGCCAGUUCUCCUAAACGUUCAACAUCUCCACUGCCAAAUGUUGAAGGGCUCUCGCCACAACCAACUAAGGCCGACCCAAUGGUACGUCGUGGUGUUAGUAUGAAGGUUACUGCUAAAGAGAAACAAACGAAUACAAGACCACCAAAGUCAGAGUUAAUCAAAAAGAAACCGCAACAUGGUCGUUCUUCCUCCACUUCAAACAAAAUGCAAGGAUUCAUUCCUGUUGAGUAUUUGCCACCAUUACCAACCAUUGAUACCAAUACCAACACGAUUGUUUCAGACGGUGCUAAACAACAAAAUUUGACUGUGCCUUCUACAGCACGUCAUAUGCACCCUACAGCCAGAGCAAAAUCUGUUGGUGGUGGUCAUAUGCGUAAAGAUUCGUAUGGACGCGUAUCACACGGACUGCAGAAUCCGUUGCCACCGCUUCCAACGUCUAUGGCAAGCCAGAAUAGCCAAGAAGUUGUUGGGAAAGAUACAAGCGAAGGCUUUUUUGAUGACGUUCAAUUGGAUGAUGUUGGAUAUCAAGAAGUUCCACAACUCACUGAAUCGGAGAUCAUUGAACAGUAUAAUAUUUCCAAACCUAAUAGCAUGCCAUCAAUUGAGCAUUGUAAGACAUUGUUUUUGAAAGGUUUUUUCAGUGUUCAAACUACAUCAGCCAAGCCGUUGCCUGUUAUUAGGUAUAAUAUAAUUAACGUGUUGAGUAAGUUGGGAGUUAAAUUCCAGGAAGUGAAAGGUGGAUUUGUAUGUAUGCACACGCCUUCGGUACAGCCUAGUCACAGUAACGAACUUGAUGAGGAGAAUAAAUUGUAUGGCGAUGCCUUCAAGUCAAAAUCGAGUGAUUCAUUUGAAGCAGCUGAACCAGAAGGAUCAAAAACACCUAGUCGACAACCUUCACUUCAGUUGCCGUCUCAUACCCCAACAACGCCAUCGGGUCCUAAAUCACACAAAUCAAGUAACUCUAUUGGAAGCAUUGGUGGAAAUGUGCCAAGACGUAAGUUUUCCAUUGGUAAUGCGUUUAAUACUUACCGUAAAAAGAAUGGAUCUCAAGUUAUGAUGCCACCAAAUACACCAGCUACAGCUAAAGUGAUUCAUGGGUUGUAUGACGACGACGAUAAGGAGAGAAAUGGUGAAGACGACGAUGACGAAGAUGACUAUGGAUAUGAUGAUUCUGCUGAUUCGCUCAAUGGAUAUGGUGGUGGUAGUGAUAUGUUGAUUUCUUCGCGUAUUGAGCAACGUGCCAAACAUCAACGAACUGUCAGUAGUUCGAGUCAGAAAGCUAGCAAGUCGCCAUUGAAGUUUGAAAUUCAUAUUGUGAAAGUUCCAUUAGUGGGAUUGUAUGGUGUUCAAUUCAAGAAAAUAUUGGGUAAUACAUGGAAUUAUAAGACACUAGCUAGUCAGAUUUUAAAUGAAAUGAAUUUAUAG